AUGGAUAUAUUGUAUAACGGUCUAGUUCUUGGACUGCUGAUAAGUCUUCAAAUUUGCACAGCGUACGAACUAAUUCACGUCCCCACAGAUAAAAGUCCAUGCAAGUUAGAAUGUCCGAAGAACAGCAUUUGCGAUGUCGAUGUGUGUCGAUGUGUGAAUGGAUAUAGGGAGUCCACGAACGGAACCUGUGAGCCCAUUUGCGAAAAGGCUUGUGGUGCACAUGACAAGUGUGUGGCACCCGAUACAUGCGAAUGUGAACCCGGAUAUAGGAGAGGCGGUCCCCGCAACAAAUGCCUGCCGAUUUGCAAUCCAAGCUGUGGGAACCAUGAAUUCUGCCGUGCUCCCAACCAAUGUGACUGCAGAGUGGGCUAUAUGCGUGUGAAUGGUAUAUGCGAGCCUCAAUGUGAACAGGGUUGCGGACGAUAUUCUCCCUGCAAAGCACCCGAUGUUUGUAGCUGCACCAUGAACUACGAAUGGAAUCCCAAUAGCUGGAUGUGUGAACCAAAAUGUGAACCAAAGUGUGGGAAAAAUAGUUACUGCAAGGGGCACAAUGAGUGCGAGUGCCUAACCGGCUAUAAACCAGAGAAUGCUACAAAGCAGAGUUGCUAUUAUGUAAUGCCAAUUUGGCUUUACUGGGCGAUAGGUCUGUUUGUACUACUAAUACUUGGCAUUAUAAUUGGUACCAUUAUUUAUCAUUUGCGCAAAGGACGUGCAAUUGAUUAUUAUCCCAAUAGCAAGUUCCGGGAUACUAGAAAAAUAAUUGAUAAUUAA